ACUAAGGACUACACCUCCCUCAAACAAACCUGUACAUUUUCUGGACUGGCACAGUGAAAAACAAGACUAAAAUACUCCAACACCUGAUCAGGGCAGUCACACAAGCCUCAUCACCAACAAAGGGAGUGACUGCUCAUAUGAUUGGUCAAGCUGCUCUAUGGUUCUCAGGACAACAACCCAAGGCAUCGAGCUCCUCUCAGCGAGCACAAAAGGGAGCAUGCAUCCUCUCACCUUUCGGCUACUUCUCGAUGUGCAACAACUACUUCAACCCACAUGAAAACACGGGCAUGUCAGAAAUCGACAUGCACAGUGUCACGUUAUUUCACCGAUAUCUAGAAAUGCGAUUUGAGCAGGAGUAGCAAUGGUCACCGGUUGUUCUCGCCCAUCCAGGGAAUCUUCCACGCAUCACUACCUUCUGCGUCACUUACUUUACUCUUCAGUCCUUUAUCCGGCACACAAGGCCGUCCCUCGUCCCACUAAGAGCAGAUGCCUUCUGGGAGAAGGUUCCAGAGGGUUUCAUGUUGAGGUGAGGCCCUCGUCUCCAUGUAGCCAAAGAGGGCUUUCUAUAGUCACACAAGAGUGGUUAGCACAACCCUUGAAAAGAGUCUAUGUUAAACUUAGCGUGAUCUGGCACCACCUUGUCCCAGCAUGCAUCUGGGCGUGCUCAGACAACACCCCCUCAUCAGAAGUCGGUAACAGUUGUGAUGUCAAUGCAGAUGGAAUGAGAGACGACAAGGGAAUACAGUCGUAUUGAAGCUUUGUUAAUAGCUGGUUAGGUCUGAUUAAGGGAGACUUUUGAGUACCAUAGUAACCAGUACCAUAGUAACCAGUGGGUUUGAAUAUGAGUAUGUCGACAAGAUAGCAUGGGCAGGUUUUUUUUUAUAUCAGUGAGUCAAUGAGGGCGAGAGAGACAGAGUGAGUGUGGUUUUGUGUGUGUGUGCGUGUGUGUGUGUGUGUGUGUGUGUAAAAUAAAUAGUGAGAGGAUGUGAAGAGGAGGAGGUGGGAUCCAAGAGCUAAUGUCCAUUUUUAGAACUAGAAAAAAAAAAUAUCUAACAAAACCUGCAUUAGGAGCUGCAAUCUUCUUCCAUCACAAUUUUAAACAAAACAAAUGUACCAAACUUGCUCAGAAUUUAAUUUAGUUAAGUAUGGAAAAAGGAAUUCUAGAAUACAAAACUAUGAAUAAAUAGUAGUACCAGUGUAACUUGUCAGCCGAUUCGUAGGUUGCUACUGAGGAUAAGACUCAUACGGACUCCUCAAGUAAUCAAACUCUCAGUUAUAAUUGGAGCUUCCCAUUAUAAAAGCUGUCUGUCUGCAGGUGGAGCCUCUGCUCUGUUAUGCAAUACCUUUGGCACCUACACCCAUCCAACCUGCAUUUCUGUUGACCGCCCUCGGGCGGAAUCAGAAACCCAAUAAUCGGUCGGAUAUGAGGUGCACUUACUAUUUACUCAGCCAGUAAUGAUUUCAUUUCCAGCAUCUAGCAGGAAGAGGAAGGAGGUGGAAGGACCUCACCUUCCUCAACAAUUGCCUGUAGGCCAGUCCACACACAGUAGUCAUAGUGAUUAUGGGGAUGUCAGGCCCUUUUUCUAGACCCACGCUGCUCACUGCCACCUUUCUAGAAUAUGCAGAAACAUUUAAUAGUUCCCUUUGUUUGCAGUAUAGACUAUUUUCUGAUACGUCCAGGCUAGAGAUUGUUCUUCCUGCUUCCUUUUGCUAAGUAACGGGUGAUUCGAUACCAGCUGAUCCGCAGAAUUGUAGUUAUGUAGGGGAAUCCUAACGGUGACAGUGUUCUGUAUUAGAGAAAUAAUUAUAAUAUAUAAUUAAUAAUUAUAUAUAUAAAUGCUGUAUAGCCAAACCUCCCUCCCUCUCUCUCUCUCUCUCUCUCUCUCUCUCUCUCUCUCUCUCUCUCUCUCUCUCUCUCUCUCUCUCUCUCUCUCUCUCUCUCUCUCUCUCUCUCUCUCUCUCUCUCUCUCUCUCUCUCUCUCUCUCUCUGUCAAUCUCUCACGUAACAAUUUACCAUGUUUAAAUAAAAUAAAUAUAUAUCAGAUAGAAUGGAAACCAUUUGUGUAAUACCAGAGCUUUGCAUCAAGUGUUGACAUCUGACAUCUUCUAAGUCCCAGAAAGUAAGGGAUCUGUACACAUCUGUGUAGGUCUUGAUGUUAGAGGGCAGGAUCCUAUGUGUCUCGACUGUAUGGGUCUAGAUCUAGACUUUUGGAUUAUUGACUGGGGCAUUAGUCGGAUGGCUUGUCGUGCUUUGUAGCAGAUGAACAUGGUAACUAGUUGGUUGGUUUCAUCAAAGCAAAAAAUAUAUAUAUAUAAUUUUUAGCAAAAAUGCAGGUAACAAAGUAAGCCUGUUUCUGUUUUUAAAUUGUUUUGGUAUUGAGGUGCAACUAUAAUUAGGAUUUUUCUGAGGAUCGUUCACAGGAUGGUGGUUUAUCCCAGAUCUGUGAUUACCCGGAUCUCGACCACAUCAACCCCUGACCCAAAUACCUAUCUUUACUAAACCUUCUGAACUUGACUUCGGUUCUCCUAUGAAAACAGUUCAUAAGGCCGUUGUGGGAAAUGUGAAUGCUGCCACCUGCAGGCACAAAUAAAUAAAUAACUGGACAUUUUUCCUCAUCGACUCUCUGCCAUUCUUUAACAGGGCCAUGCAUUCAACCUAGGGCGAUGCAUUCAACACGCCUCGACAUCCGUGGACUAAACUAAUAACAAACUUAAAACUGUUUGAGUUUGAGUGAUUGAAUUUAACGGAUAAUAUGUUCUCUGUCAUUUUUUUUGGAGGAAUGAAACCUUUUGCUGUACAAUAAUAAUAAUAAAAAUAUUGAUCCAACUUUUCUUGUUGUAAUAUAAUAUUAAUGUCUUGUUAAGGCCUGAAAACAAAUGAAUUGCUAGUGGAUUUUUAGUUGGUUUGUUUUAUUAAAGAAAAAACACAUACGUACAAAGUGUCGCCAAGUAGGCCUAUAGCAAUGUCAUAAACAGGGAGUUGCAAAUUAUAUAACCAUAUGCUACUAAAGGACGCAGAGUGACUCCAUAUUUCUAACAUUAAUAAAUCUGAUAGUCCCUAUCUCUGGGUUAUUAGCAGGGUAUUGCAAUUCUUUGUUAACUUUGUUUCUCGGGUCUGGCUUCCAUAUAGGCUACAUGUCUCCUGUCAUCCAAUCUCGUGUUAAAGGCACUUGAUUCAUGACCUUUCUAAAUUAGACUUAUUGAUUUGUAAUGGGUCUGUGGGUCCAAUAUUAUUUGUUUAUCAAGCGGAGUGAACAACUUUAGUAACAACAAUGACGUAAAUAAUAAACGAUUGACAAAAAUAAUUGUCCGUCUGUUUUUUCAAAACAUGUUUAUAUUUCGUGAUGUUUAUCUGUGUCACUCAAACACUCUGACACCGCCCCCUGAGGGGCGGGCCUCCCACCGGUUACUCUGCGGUAGGUUUAGAGCUCAUUAGGUCCAGAUCUUGUGAUGUUUCGAAACAGAUUCAUAGUUAUUUGUUCUUCAAGUUUACUAUCCGGCUUAUGGACUCGGAAUACGGAAGAUAUCUGAAUGAAUGAUAGGCCUAUUGAAAAGGUUUUUUUUAUUUCCCGGAUGAGACACGGCUCAGAGUAAUGGAAUAAAUUCUAUCGGGGAAACCUUGACCUCCACCAGCGAUGGACAAACAGAAAGUUCUGUCUCGGCUGAUCCAGGAGCUGCAGUCCUUCCUGUGUGUUCUGGACACAGAGACCCUCAGUUACAUCGCUAAGAACCAGAAGAAAUCACUUUCAGAACUCUUGGCAAUACUACACACUGCAGACACUCCUGUAGAAGAUGCUGAAUACAUGUUUAUGAGCUGUCCAUCAUUAUCGCCUAGCAAGACGCAUACUGACACGUCUUUGGCAGAGGUAUAUCUCCUGUCUAAGAAGGAAACUCAGAGGGAGUCUGCAUACAUACAAUCAAGGUCAUUGAAUGGGGGCGUAGCUGUACCCUGCCCAGGGAGUCUGGCCGGAGUCAUCAACCAUGAUGAUGAGGAGGAGGAAGAAGAGGAUGACGACGAAGACAACUACGAAGAAGCAGAGCCUUAUUUACCUGAACUAACCUGCAAUAACAAAGAGAAGGCGGAGACUGAGAGCAGCCACUAUGAGUUGUAUGGGGAGGAGGGGGAGGAGCAAGUGAAGGACAGGGCUCACUACAUCCAACGGACAGCCUCUCAGCCCUGCCUAAGGUCCGCCCCGGAGUCCCGCCUCUGUGGCUAUCUGUGGAGGAAGAGGUGGCUGGGCCAGUGGAGCAAGCAGCUGUUUGUCAUUAGGAACGACGCCCUAUUGUGUUACCGGAGUGCUAAGGAUCUGUUGCCCCAGCUGGAGAUGGGUCUGCAGGGUUGUCAGGUGCUAUACCGGCCCCGGACUAGCAGGGGGCUCCAGCACGAGCUCCGGGUGUCGGAUGCGACCCAGACACUGGUCCUGGGACUCACCGACCCCCAGGAGGCAUCAGAUUGGAAAAGGGUCAUGGAAGACAUCAGCCGUGGGGGUGUAGAAACAUUGAGCUGCUCCUCCCAUGUCCAGUCAGACCGAACCCCUUCAUACAGAUACAGCCCAGCUCUGCAAAGGGAUGAAGAAGACGAUGAACCUCCGGACAACUACAGCAACAAAGGCUUCCUCAAUGUGCUGAUGAACUUCCAAUGGCAAAGCUUGCUGUGCCAGGUGGAGGUGGGGCUCCUGAAGAUGUUCGGCGACGAGGAGGGGCCGUCUGACGAGGGCGACCGCCCGCCACAGUACACCCUGCCGCUACGAGGGGCAGACGUCCUCCCUGGGCCUGACACUGAGCAAUCCUACCGCAUCUAUCUCAGCCUACAUGGGCUUCAGAUGGCCGUGUUGGAGGCCAGCUGCUUGGACGACAAACAGCGAUGGCUUCAGCUGCUCAGAGAAGAAGCUUACCAUCAGAAUCCAUCUUGUGGCAAGGAUGGAGAACCAGACAAUACAGGUGUAGCCCUCAGUGGCCUGCAGACCAGGCGAUUUCCCACCUCCAACAUGUACAUGGAUGACCUGUUCUGCCUCAACGAUACCGCCCGCUCCCAGCCCAUCUACUCCAACACCUCCAUACUGCGCUACACGGAUGGGGUGCAGGAGUGCUUAUUUCUCGGGGACACAGUGACCUACAGCAACACAGGCUUUGCCAGCCAUAACAGGGUCUUGGAGGUGAAUCGAAACAUCCAGAAGCUGGAGCUGACGGGGUCCAGGAGGGCAGGUUCGGAGCUGAACCUGUCCACCGCCGGGAAGCAAAACAAACGCACCUCUUUCAGACAGUCUCUGGCCAUUUGCAGCGAGCGAGCUCAGGCUGGCUUUUUAAGGCCUCUGCUGCGCCGCACGGCUUCAGCCAAGACCUCGUUGAAAAGAGUUCCCUCUGCGCUGUUCAUCCAGCAGGGCAAGGCCUUGCCCCGCCGACAGGAAUGCGAGCACAAGGCUACUGCUUGAUACAACUGUCCUUCAGACGCACAAACACACACUCACAUGUGAAGGAUUUACGAUUGAUUUAACUUAUGAAUUAUCAAUGAAUUCACUUGUCAUAAGGACUUAUAACAAUAACAAAAAUCUGUUCAAAAUAAUCGAACACUGUGUGCAUCUCCUUGCAAUAUGUUGCAGAGAUAACGAAGAAAAGAUCACAAUAUCACAAUAUAAAUGACAUCUUGCUAGUGAUAAGUGAAUAUGGAUUUUAUUUUCUUAUACCUUGAUGAUAUGAGACUAAAUGAAAUCCUCUGAACUUCCUAUAUAACAGAUGUAUUUCCAUUUAAUAGCAUCUGUCUAUCUUCACUUUUUUUCCUACUAAAAUAAUGUAUCUUUCUAAAAAAAAAACAAGACCAAUUUUUUUAAUAGAAUAAACUGUUAAAAGAAGCAGUUUCCAUCACUGUGGCAGCUAUCUAUCCAAUAUUUAUGUGUUAAGGCCUGGUCUACUUUGAAGGUAACAGUAGGCAGGAGGCACUGCCACUAUUCUCCAGUUGAAAUCUGACAAAUGUACAUCUGAUCCUUUAAUCUCCACCGUCAUAAUAACCAUUUUCACUUUUAAAUGUCUUUUGUUUUCUAUUGUUUACUUAAACACUUCUUAUUUUAACGAAUCUACAAAUAUCCAAUGUUAUAUGUAUUUUCUGUGAUCAUUUGUGUAUAUUUGUUCACGAGGGAAAGAGAUAGCAGUAAGACACAUAAAUCGACACACGCCAUAAAGGCAAAUAAAGCAAAGCACAAAGACAGCAGGGCAGCCAAAGCUCACAACAUGACUGUCGAAAUGAAUGUAUUGAAUGCAAAAAAUAAUUGAUGACAGUGUGUGUGUGUGUGUGUGUGCGCGCGUGGAUAUGUGAGUAAGUGUGUGUGCGUGUGAGUGUCUGUGUGUCUGUCACCAACAUAAUUACAAAUACAACUAUUAUUCUAGUGUUAAGAGGUUGUUCAUUAUAAAUUUAAUUGAUCAUUUUUAAAGCAGUUACUAAAAACUUUAACUCCACUCAUUCUCACUGUGGGGUUCCAACUGUGUUCACAGAAACGUUUGUGUUAUCUCACAACUCUUAAUUGUACCUUUGUGAUUUAUGUCUAUUAUAAUAAAAUGAUUGUAAUCAAAUUGAUUAAAAUGAAAUGUGUUUGUUGUUUGGAAUUUGU